GUUGCGCGCCUCCUCUGUGACUGCGAUGGACCGACCUGGCACUCAAGAGCUCGAGAGGCGGAAGUGGGUAGCGCGGAGUUGGGCGCGCAAACGAAAGGGGUCUUUAACGACGAAGGGCUUCGAGUAUGGCAGCGUGGUUUGGCUUGGCGUGGUUCAUCGACGUGUUCGGUGGUUGACAGAGCACGCGGUAGAACUGGACAUGGGAAGAAUGGGGAAAGUAACUGCUGCUGCUGCGUGUAUAUACACAAUGCUCGGCGGAACGGGCGUAGAACAAAGACAUGCGACGACGACGACGAUGACGGUCGAGGACGACCGUGGUAAGCGACCGUGCUGCAUUGCGCCAAUCGGAGCACGGAAGCCAGAACGAGAGGGAACUAGUACCGGCGGCGUACCGUCAACCCAGAACACUUCCAACUACUACACUCCGGUCCCGCAUAUGCCCAAGGGGAGCGAACGAAAGAACACGGGAACCGAGGAGACCAUCAUUGCAGGGCCCGGCUCGCGCUAUCCAGCAGGGAAGAAAAAUCCAUUGCAUAAGAGAUUUUUCAAUUUUUACGAUCAGUCGAUAGUGGGAUCUUCUAGGAUGAGGUUUGAAAAAUUGGGCCUCCUCCGGAACGGAUCGCAGUGUGGCGUGAUCUUCACCCCGGGAAGCACCUGCUGCUGUUUGGUGUAGUGUUGCACAGAUUUCUGCCGCUGGUGAAGGAUCCCUUGUAGCUUGGAGAAUGACGUUGCUGAACAAACGGCGGAAGUGAGCCGGACGACGAUAAGAAAAGCCUUCAGACGGUGUCUCUGAUGACGCAGUCCAGUGCAGUGACAGUUGGUGAUAAGACAUGGCACUACAGUGACAAUGAUUUGUGUGGUUUGAUGUGAUGUGAAUUGGUAAAUGUGAGCUGAUGAUAAUGAUCGUCGUGGAGUUUAAUCAAGUACUGAAUUUGCAGUACCAAUGGUCCUGCGGAUAUAUUUCCAAACUCAAGGAAUAUAAUUCAAUACACAUACACGAUCGUGUCUUCUCUAAUAAUGUGUAAGUCAAGUCGAUUUCCAACCAAAAUUUUAUAAAAAAAACUAUAAUA